AUGACAUCGCGGCUUGAGUUCAUUAUUUUAUUGAUGUUUGGAUUCUCAAUGGCGAUUCAAGACGAUAAUGAACUCAUAGGCCAACCUGAGAUUCAAUGUAAUGCUGACACCAUAGAUAUGCAGUUUCGGACUAAAAAACAGUUCAAUGGUUUCGAUUUUGAUAGUGAAACAUGUUCCAUUGACGUUUUUUCAGGAAAAGUAUAUGUCAAAGGAAGUUACAAUAGACCAGAGUGUCGUGUAGAUUAUAGCACGAAAGACCAAUUCGGAAGACCUGUUGGUGGUAUAAAACUGAAUCACGGUGCGUGCAACAUGGAUAGACAAAGAAUGAUUGCACCGGAAGGAAUGAUGUUUUCUACAGUGCUCAUUAUAAGUUUUCAUCCACUAUUCUUGACCAGGAUGGAUAAAGCUUAUCAUAUCCGGUGCAUGUACAAAGAAGCAGCAAGAACAGUUACAGCAGCGAUAGAUGUUAGUAAUCUUCCAACCGAAGCUGUUCAAGCUGACUUGCCGAUGCCAACAUGUAGUUACACAAUCCGGCGAGACCAGCUAGACGGACCAAUUUUGAAAUAUGCUAAAGUCGGAGAUCAAGUUGUCCAUAGAUGGCAAUGCGAUUCAGAAGACUACGGUUUGCUAGUUCACAGUUGUUACGUCGAAGACGGUCAAGGAGAGAAACAAAUGAUAAUUGAUGAGAGAGGAUGUCACACCGAUCGGUUACUUCUCGGUGAUCCAACUUAUGUGGAAGCAUUGAAUAUGGCAUAUCGAGAAUCUUUUGUCUUCAAAUUUGCAGAUAGAAUUGCAGUUAGGUUCCAAUGUGAAAUCCGUCUAUGUCUCAAGGAUGAUGGCGGUUGUGAUGGGAUUACGCCUCCAAUGUGCUCGUUCAAAGAUAACAACAAUUUAGAGAAACACGUAGUAAAACGUAAUGCCCGAACUUUCAAACCAAAAGAUGCCGACAUGUUCUCUCAAACUGUCUAUGUGAUGGAUAAGGACAAUGAAGACAAUCAAUCAGCCCAUCCAGCAGAACUUCGAGAACUUGACCCUCAGACUAUCUGUCUGGCACCAAAGAUUCUUGUGGUUGGAGUCACAUUUUUCACAAUGAUAUUUGUCCUUUUUGUUACUAUCAUUCUUGUUAUAGUUUACCAUCGUUUUUGUAAAAAUGAAAUCAAAAAUGUAGUUCGCGAAUACUAUUGA